CAGGGCCAGGGGAGGAGGUGGCGGUGGAACCGCUAGGCCGGGCUGGGCCGAACCGGGCCGAACCGAGCGCGAGAGCCCGCCGCGCGGCCACCCGAGCCCGAAGCCGAGCCGCGGUCCCGCCACCAUGCGCUGGCUCCGCGCGCUGCUGAAGAACGCGUCCCUGGCCGGGGCGCCCAAGUACAUCGAGCACUUCAGCAAGUUCUCCCCGUCCCCGCUGUCCAUGAAGCAGUUUCUGGACUUCGGGUCCAGUAAUGCCUGCGAGAAAACCUCCUUCACCUUCCUCCGGCAGGAGCUGCCUGUGCGCCUGGCCAACAUCAUGAAAGAGAUCAACCUGCUUCCUGACCGGGUGCUGGGCACACCCUCGGUGCAGCUGGUACAGAGCUGGUAUGUCCAGAGCCUCCUGGACAUCAUGGUGUUCCUGGACAAGGACCCAGAGGACCAACGCACCCUGAGCCAGUUCACCGAGGCCCUGGUCACCAUCCGGAACCGCCACAACGACGUGGUGCCCACCAUGGCACAGGGCGUGCUCGAGUACAAGGACGCCUAUGGCGACGACCCCGUGUCCAACCAGAACAUCCAGUACUUCCUGGACCGCUUCUACCUCAGCCGCAUCUCCAUCCGCAUGCUCAUCAACCAGCACACCCUGAUCUUUGACGGCAGCACCAACCCAGCCCACCCCAAACACAUCGGCAGCAUCGACCCCAACUGCUGCAUCUCGGAGGUGGUGAAAGAUGCCUAUGACAUGGCCAAGCUCCUGUGUGACAAGUAUUACAUGGCAUCACCUGAUCUGGAGAUCCAGGAGAUCAACGCAUCCAACUCCAAACAGCCAAUUCACAUGGUUUAUGUCCCCUCCCAUCUCUACCACAUGCUCUUUGAACUCUUCAAGAAUGCCAUGCGAGCGACCGUGGAAAGUCAUGAAUCCAGCCUCGUUCUCCCUCCUGUCAAGGUCUUGGUGGCCUUGGGAGAGGAAGAUCUGUCCAUCAAAAUGAGUGACCGAGGUGGGGGUGUCCCCUUGAGGAAGAUUGAACAACUCUUCAGCUACAUGUACUCCACAGCACCCACCCCCCAGCCUGGCACGGGGGGCACCCCACUGGCUGGCUUCGGGUACGGGCUCCCCAUUUCCCGCCUCUAUGCCAAGUACUUCCAGGGGGACCUGCAGCUCUUCUCCAUGGAGGGCUUUGGGACGGACGCCGUCAUCUAUCUGAAGGCCCUGUCCACGGACUCGGUGGAGCGCCUGCCCGUCUACAACAAGUCGGCCUGGCGCCACUACCAGACCAUCCAGGAGGCCGGUGACUGGUGUGUCCCCAGCACGGAGCCCAAGAACACGUCCACGUACCGUGUCACUUAGGGGCCAGGGCACCUCUGCACCUGCGAGGAUGGACUGCUUGCUGCCUCUGGGACCGGCCACCACGGCGGCCCUCCCCGUCCCCUGCCCCCAGGUGGGGAGACUCCCCAAUGACCAGCUCCUGUCUCUAUGGAAGUCACUGUGGUGACCAGUCUGUGGUGACCCCUAAGUGCCAAUCUGUCUGUCUGGAGAUUUCGUAGGUGGUCUCCCCAGUGUCCAGUCUCUGUGGGAGAUCCCUGAGGAUGGGGGGUGUCUCCACCUGCUGGGGUGUCCCCAUGGCAGUCCUGAUACCAGAGCUGCCAUUUUUCUGCCAGGGCCCCCCUCACCGCCCUCCGCAGCCUGGCCUUCCAAACAGAUGCCCCUGCUUGCCUUUUCCCCUUAGUCUGCCCAGGCACCCCGCCCUGGUCCGUGUCGGCAGUAGGAAAGGACCCCCCAGAUCUGGGUGGUGGGUGGGGAAAGGGGUUGCACCUUGGGCCCCUGGGUGGGGACCUGGUCUGGCAGCCUCACCCUCCACUCUGAGCUUCAGGUCAAGGUUAGGAGGGAGGGAGUUCUUGCCAGGACCUCACCCCUAAAGUGGAGGAACCUGGGAGGACCCUGAGGCGCACGCCUAGCCGGCUGCCUGGAGCCCCGCGGGGGGGCCCAGCAGUGUUUCUGCCGCCUCCCAAGCCCUUCCCCGCACGUCCUCACAUGCACACACCCACCUGCCCACCUCACACCCACACCCUCCACCUGAGCUCCCCCCCAGCUCCCACGGUGCCGACAUGUGCGUGCCUGGGUGGCUUUCUCCGAUACUCCGUGUACAUAGCUAGUUAGAUCGCCCUGCCUGUCCCCACCCUUCCCCUCAGCGCACGGGGGUUAAAGUGUGUGCGCCUCCCGGUGGCUGUGAAGGUGCAGGGACAUCCACAUAAAGAGAUGCAAUGAGAA